CGAUGACGCGCUGCGUUUUUAGCGGUUCGAGUUUUUGCGCGUUUUUGUGAAAACGGUGGAUUAAAACCGCGAGGGAAAAGUGGAAAACGGAGCGUAGAAGUGUUAUAGGGCGGCUGUGUUGUGUUAAGUUAUUGGUGUGAUGGUUUACAACGUUUUUAAUCGCACUCAGUAGCGUUUUUGUGUGAGCAGGUUUAGCCUAUACGUUAACGUUAGUGCUCGAUGGCUCGCGCAUGUUCCAUGCUCGUCGCAUAGCAACACAUUUUUCCCAUUAAAAACCUUCAUUAUUUUAACACCAUGGACUUUUUAUACGCAGUGUUGAACUUAUCCUCUCUUGUGAGUGUCCUCCAGGUUCUCGGUGACAGUGUCGUACCGUCCAAGCAUCCAGGCCUGGAUGUGCUGGCCACUGCCUCACACUACUGGCCGCUGGAUGCGGUGGACGGACCACGUAGCCUGCGGGAUCAGAUUGGGAAUAGAACAGGUCAUGUUAAUGGGAGUUCUAUAAAUAUCGUAGAGGGAGUGGUGAAUAAAGGCAUUUAUCUCAGCGGAGACAGAGGAGCCACUUUUCUCCAUUUCGGCAACUACAGAAACUCCUGCAUUAGUGACCCCACGCUGUGUGGACCACAGGGUGUGACAUUCUCUUUCUUCUGGAAGAAUCAGGAGGUAGAGUCACGCUUUGCCGUCUUGUCUGGAGGGAAGAUCAUUUCCAAUGGCUUCUCGGUCUACGCAAACCCGGUGGGGGGAUACGUGGAGUUCUACACCAGAGGAAAUUCCAGACGCUGGAAAGUUCACAUUACACCACCAGGACCUUUCUGGACACACAUUCUCUUCACAUGGACUCUGAAAGAUGGCUUGAAGGUCUACAUAAACGGCACCUUCAACAUCAGCGAUGAGGUUGGCGGUGUGUCACAGGUCUACGGCGACACCUACACUGACCUGGUGAUCGGAACAGGAAACAGAGAGUCCUAUGAGCACUAUGUGACUGGGGCCUUCGAUGAGUUUGUCAUUUGGGAGAGAGCUCUUUCGCCCAAGGAGAUCUGGCUGUACUACAAAGCAGCAAUAGGUGAAAAGGUGAAUUUUUCUCCGACAACUGAAUCUCCAACCUACAUCCAGACUACAACGAGUACUGAUAGUGUGCAGGCAGUAACAGCGUCCUCUCUCCCCGUUAACCUGAGUGAGGAUGUAGGCGGUGCUGAGGCUGGGACUUCCAUACCCAUGAUAGCAUUUCUUCACUCUCUGCCCCUUAGCCUGCUCAACAAGACCAUUUCACAGGACACAGCUCACAACCUCACACAGUCAUUUUUGAGGAGCGUUAAUGAGGUGAUGUCUUCCAGUAACUGGAGAGAGGGUGAGGAGUGGACUCCUGUGGUCAGUGGACUCAUAGACACAGUAGACAAAGUUAUGGUGCACAUGGUGUCCAGCCUUCAGUCUAACCCGAGCACUCCCAUCACGAUUGGUGGAAAGAGUUAUGUUGCAGAUUACUCUCUAAUGAAGAUUCCUCAGAACCACAACCUGCCCAGCUACAGGUUCCCCACUCAGGGCAAAAACUACAUCUCAGUACCAGGAGAGGCCUUCACUAUGCAGACCCAGACCACCAUUGUGGGCCUUUUCUACCACAAUAUGCACAACUACUACAAGCAGAUCAGCCCUCUGCGAACCAGGAUCAAUGAGGCAGUGGACUUUAAGGACUGUAAGAUCCAGGUGGCCAGUUACCUGAUCUCUCUGAAGGUGGAGCCCUUGCCAGCCCUGUCAGUCAACCUGUCCGCAGAGCCACUCAUCAGAAUUGUGCUCACACAUCAGCUGAGUAAAGAGCAGCACGUUCAGGCCUUAAAUCAAAGCAACAAAGUCUUCCUCUACUGUGCCUUCCUGGACUACAGCUCUAAGGAAGGCGUAUGGUCCAAUGAGGGGUGUAUGAGAGCUGGAGGCAACCUGUCCUACUCCAUCUGUGUGUGUAACCACCUGACUAACUUCGCCAUCCUCAUGCAGGUUGUUCCUAUGGAGCUCACAAAGAGCCAUCAGGUGGCACUCUCCACUAUUACGUAUGUUGGUUGCUCCAUCUCCAUCUUCUGCUUGGCCAUCACCUUGGUCACCUUCGCCGUGCUCUCGUCUGUGAGCACUAUCCGGAACCAGCGCUACCACAUACAUGCCAACCUGUCCUUCGCCAUCCUUGUGGCCCAAAUCCUUCUGCUCAUCAGCUUCCGCUUUGAGCCCGGGACGAUGCCCUGUAAGGUGAUGGCGGUGUUGCUGCACUUCUUCUUCCUGUGUGCGUUUGCCUGGAUGUUGGUGGAGGGACUGCACCUUUACAGCAUGGUGGUCAAAGUGUUUGGCUCUGAGGGAAGUAAACAUUUCUACUACUACGGCAUCGGCUGGGGGUCUCCGCUGGUCAUAUGCGUGGUGUCCAUGACGUCAUCGCUGAGCAGUUACGGGGAGGUCGGAAACUGCUGGCUGUCUCUUCAGAAUGGAGCUAUCUGGGCAUUUGUAGCACCUGCACUGUUCGUCAUCAUGGUGAACAUCGGCAUCCUCAUUGCUGUGACGAGGAUUAUCUCCAGAAUCAGUGCAGAGAACUAUAAAGUGCACGGAGACGCAAACUCUGUCAAGCUUACUGCUAAAGCAGUAGCAGUGCUCCUGCCUAUCCUGGGCAUCUCAUGGAUCUUCGGGGUUUUGGCUGUUAAUGACCACUCUCUACUCUUCCAGUACAUGUUCGCAGCCUUCAAUUCUCUGCAGGGCUUCUUCAUCUUCCUCUUCCACUGUCUGCUGAACUCCGAGGUGAGAGCAGCCUUCAAGCACAAGACCAAAGUCUGGUCUCUGACCAGCAGCUCAAUUCGCAACAUCAACGUCAAGCCUUUCAACUCGGACAUUAUGAACGGUAACAAAGGGGGCGUGAGCCCGACGAAGAUGCACACGUGGGACAAAAGCACCAACUCGGCCAAUCGCAUUGACCUGUCAGCAGUCUAAGAGGCACAUGGUGAGCGGCCAACGGCUACUGAUCAAAGGACCAUAAACGGAAACUAAAUGUAGAACUUCUGCUCAAACAGUUCAGUUCUUUCCACAGUGACUCAAAACUUUUAUAAAGUUCUCGCAGGACUGGAGAAAGAGUGAGUGAAGAAAAGAAAAGACUGCGGGCUUUCACAGCUGCUAGCAGACUUACGCUCAGCGCUCUGAUGUCACUCUCUCCCCCUUCACUCCAUGAAGAUAAACAGAGUUUUAGACAGUAAUAAGUUGCAGAUGAAAACACAAGACUCAUUGUGUUGGAUGAAUGUGCUCUGUUCAGUGUUAUAAACUAUAAAACGUUCUCCUUGUAAUUCUAGUAACUGCUGGAUUCCACUGCUGUCUGUUACUUGACACUAAACUGUGACACGAGAUGCUGGGGAAGGAGGAGUAUUCUGUUUUGCUGCCACACACUCAUGGGACCUGCUAUUACUCUGAGUAGAAGGACUGAAAAAUCUGGCCUGGCUUACGUGUGGACAGUAUACUAGUUUCCCUCUCAAAGGCACAUGAACAUGUAGCUGGCAAGACUUUAGUGGCUGCAGCAAGAGACAUUCCUGAGGAAGUACACGGUUCCAGUAUGUAGCAUCCUGCACCAAACAUACGUUGAGUGUCAGUCCAUUUGUAAAGGGAAAGCCGAUGACUAUGAAGCUCCAUUCUAACCUGUGUUGAGACGUGUUUUGUGCUACAGAGUUUCAUCUGAUGUCCCGACUUAAAUAUUAUAUAUUGUGAUAGCUGUAAGGAGGCAAGCUUGUUUUUUUGGAGGUUUUAGAUACUAAGUGGAAUACAAAGCACAAAGUUUAGAUAUUUGUGGCCGCUCAUAUUCAAACAUCUCAAAUAUUUAUGUUAAGUUACAUUUUUAAGGCCAAAUUUUAAAAUGUGUAUUGCAUGACACUUCUUAACUGCUUGCCUCACUUAAGUCUAAAACAGUGCAAUAUUUGCAACACUUAAGUAACAAAACUUACCUGAAGUGAUUUCAUGCAGCCCUUAUUUUAAAUAUAUAAGGGUAAAAUGUAAACAUUGUACUUAAGUGCGUUGCAUUAACUUCCCCUCUCACUUCCAGCUAAUACUUAAGUGUUUCAUAACACACGUUUUUUGUCAUAGUCAAACACAAAAGUCAUGAAACUUAGACUGAAGUGAUUUCAUGCAGCUCGCUUAAGUAAAAGGUUUGUAUAAGUGAAAACGUGGGGCUAAUAAUCAGUUAAGAUGUUUUAUGCAAGCAGCCACUGAUGGUCAUAUCUUAAUGAAAGCUUUAUGAUAAAAUUUUUGAUAAUUUUUCCAAAACUCCACAAACUGACUUUGACAUUGUGUCAUUUAAUAGGACCAUACAAAAUCAGAACAGGUGUUUGUCUUUUAAACGACUGCCUGGGCUCGACUUUGAUACUGCCAUGAAAAUAUUUAUCUACUACAAAUCAGACUUAGGAUCCUUUAAUAUAUUUAGUCUGUAUUAUAAACAAAUCAAGAAGCUAAAUGUACCAAUCCACAAAGUGGACUUUUCCAGAAUAGCAGUGAGUAGUUAAGCUUCUGUACAGUGUAUAAUUUAAAUACUGUAGGUAAGGACUGAGUCCCUGUUAUUAAACAUGCAUGCCACAAAUGUUUCAAAAGUUCUGCAUAAUUAAGUUGUCGAGAUGUAAACAAAGUCAUUCAGAGUGGUUUGUUGUGAAAUGCUCCGUCCCAGAG